AUGAAGACCCCGUUUGGAAAGGCAGAUGCAGGGCAGCAGUCCAAAACAGGCGCAGGUGAUGCAAGUGUGUCUGUUACCGUGAUGAAGAGAAAGGUUGCCCACAAGCAGCAUAGGAGCAGACCCACCUCCCAGCCUCAGAGGAACAUCGUGGGCUGCAGAAUUCAGCAUGGAUGGAAGGAUGGAGAUGAACCUCUGACACAGUAGAAGGGAACUGUUUUGGAUCAGGUACCUGUAAAUCCCUCUCUGUAUCUCAUCAAAUAUGAUGGAUUUGACUGUUAUGGAUUGGAACUUCACAGAGAUGAAAGAGUGUCCUCACUUGAAGUCCUUCCUAGUAAAGUUGCAUCAUCUAGAAUUAAUGAUACACACUUAACAGAAAUUAUGAUUGGCAAAGCAGUGGAACAUAUUUUUGAGACAGAGGAAGGUUCCAAAAAUGAAUGGAGGGAAAUGGUCUUAGCUCAGGCGCCUAUCAUGAGCACGUGGUUUUACAUUACCUAUGAGAAAGAUCUUGUAUUAUAUAUGUACCAGCUCUUAGAUGAUUAUAAAGACAGUGACCUACACAUUCUUCCAGAUUCCCCUGAUUCUCUUCCCUCAGAGAGGGAGCCAGGAGAAGUCAUAGACAGCUUAGUAGGCAAACAGGUGGAAUAUGCCAAAGACGAUGGCUCCAAGAGAACAGGCAUGGUUAUUCAUCAGGUAGAAGCAAAGCCCUCUGUGUACUUCAUCAAAUUUGAUGAUGAUUUCCAUAUCUAUGUCUAUGAUUUGGUAAAAACAUUUUAG